AUGAACGAGACUGUCCGACCAGCAUUUGCAGACCGAGGGCGUCCUCUGCUGAGCUAUGGAAUUGCUUUCCCCGCGGCGGCAGCCCGGCAUGUCGCCGAGACCUUUGGCGCUUCACGAGUAUAUGUCAUCUGCUCUGGAUCACUUUCACGCAAUACAGACGCAUUAGCUCGAUUGACAGCCGCACUGGGUCCUGAUAAAGUGGUGGGCCGGCGUCUCGGGAUGCAGAGUCACACUUUGUGGUCUGAAGUCUUGGAGAUUGUCGAGGAGGCGCGAAAGGUGGAAGCUGAUCUUUUGUUGACGCUGGGAGCUGGUAGCUUGACGGACGGCGCUAAAAUCAUUGCCCUGGCUCUCGCCAAUGGGGUACACACGCCCGCCGAUCUCGAAACUCUAGCUGAGGGUCCCAGGAAGCGGUCCCAGAUCAAUGCGCCCACCAUCCCGAUCAUUUCAGUUCCAACUUCUCUAUCCGCUGGUGAAUAUUCAAACUUCGCCGGUGGGACGGAAGACCGCUCUCAUCGCAAGUACAGCUUCCAGGCACCAUUGCGUGGACCCCAGCUCGUCAUUCUGGACCCAGAGCUGGCAAGGACCACCCCAGACGCUAUCUGGCUGAGCACGGGAAUCCGCGCAGUUGAUCACUGCGUAGAGACUCUGUGCGCCAUCGAGGGAACGUCGCCCGAGUCGGACCAAUUGGCGGAGCAUGCGCUGAGCAUGCUCGUUCCGGGUCUUUUGAAAUGUAAAAGGAAUCGCAAGGAUCGUGAGGCUCACCUCCAAUGUCAAUUGGGCUCGGUGGGUGCCAUGGCUGCAUGUUCAAGUGGAGCAGUCCAACUGGGAGCAAGUCAUGGCAUUGGCCAUCAGCUUGGUCCAUUGGGCGUAGGUCACGGCGAAACAAGUUGCAUCUUGCUCCCCGCCGUGUGCAAGUAUAAUGCACGGCACAAUGCAAACUGCGAAAGACAGGCUCGUGUACGAGACGUUCUUCUCGACGAUUCAGUCAUCACGGAGGUGUUACAAAUUCAUUCGGUGAGCAGGGAUGGAUUGGAUCUGGGUGAUGUGCUGGAUAUUGUGAUUCGAGAAUUAGGCAUGCCGCGCUCUCUGGGUGACGUGGGUGUCGGCCGCGAUAAACUAGAUGGUCUUGCCGAGAACAGUCUUCACGACCGGUGGUGUCGAACAAACCCCGUGCCUUUGACGGAAAAAUCUCAAGUCUUGGAGAUUCUGGAGAUGGUCGUCUGA